AAAAUGAUCGCAACCGUCGUCGACGGGAACGCUAAAUCCAGACCUUCAACACAGCCCUUACAUCCUCCAGACCCAGCAAAAUGGUGGUAAAGAUCCGCCUCGCGCGCUUCGGGCGCACAAACGCUCCCUUCUACAACAUAGUCGUCGCCCAUGCACGAACCGCCCGCAACAGCCGGCCUCUCGAAGUCCUAGGCACGUACGACCCAAUCCCGAAAAGGGACACGUACGAUCGCUCGGGGAAACUGCACAAGGACAUCAAACUGGACAUCACAAGAGCAAAGUACUGGAUUGGCGUCGGGGCGCAACCGACGGAUACUGUCAGGAGGUUAUUAUCGCUGGUUGGCAUUAUGGAGCCGAAAUACAGACCGGCAGCCCCAGCGCCAGCGGCAGCGGCUAAGGAGCCGGUGAAGAAGUGAGAGCGAGAUUGCGACGACAUAUUAUCGAUCGACUGUAUCUAUAUUUGCGAGGUUCUGUGUACAUGGGAGUUAUAGACGGCGUUUACAAAACGAGAUCUGGGGGUUGAAUGAUACGGAUAUCACCAGGGGCUUCAACUUCUCCAUUGGCUUUGGGCGUGAUUCCGAGCAGCCACAGCGGCAACAAGCAUUAUGUCGACCGAUGCCUCGAUUGCCCGAUGAUUGCUGGACUAUUCGAAGGAAACACUGUCCGCUAUGUUUGGUAUAUUAUGGGGGAGGGGGUGUCAGGGGCUCUAAGCAAGCAGGACUCUCGAAGGCUGUUGCCAUCUUGGACAUGUACUCACUCAGGGGUUGCGCUAAUCUAUAUAACAAAAAUCUACGACACAUGGCUGCUAAUAACUGGCAUCAUACAUGAUAUGGACAAUGUAUCGCACAGAUGAUGUACUGUGCGGAACUGGAGAGUGUAUAUGCUUUUGCGAGAAC